CGCAGCGUACGGGAGCAGGGGCCCUGGGGCGGGGCGGCGGAGCUGAUGGUACUUCCUGCCGCCGCCAUUUUGUCAUCUCGCCGGAGGAGGAAGCGGUGGCUCUUGAGUGGAGGCAGCGGCCCGGCCUAGCCCCGCGGCUUGCGAUCUUUCUUUCAAUAAUAAAAGCUGCAGAAAUGAAGGUGAGAGGGUAACAACUGUGAAGAAAAACAGAACACACAAGGGUCAUCUCUGCUUCAAGGAGUGAGAUAUCAGCUAAAGGCACCUUUGGGAAACAGGCGGAAAAGGAACAGCUACUGCAUGCGUCUGGCUACAGAUUGGAGUUCCUGGUGAGGAAUGCGAUGGGAUCAAUAGCAUGUCUGUGGAGAGCGGCCCUGGGACAAGACUGAGAAAUUUACCAGUAAUGGGGGAUGGACUAGAAACUACACAAAUGUCUACAACACAGGCACAGACCCAACCCCAACAAGGCAAUACUGUAGGCACUAACCCCCCUCCACCAGAGACUUCCAACCCUAACAAGCCCAAGCGACAGACCAACCAACUGCAGUAUCUACUCAAAGUGGUGCUCAAGACACUAUGGAAACACCAGUUUGCGUGGCCUUUCCAUCAUCCUGUGGACGCUGUCAAGCUAAACCUCCCUGAUUAUUAUAAGAUUAUUAAAACUCCUAUGGACAUGGGAACAAUAAGGAAACGUUUGGAGAAUAACUACUACUGGAAUGCUCAAGAAUGUAUCCAGGACUUUAAUACAAUGUUUACAAAUUGUUACAUCUACAAUAAGCCAGGGGAUGACAUAGUCUUAAUGGCAGAAGCUCUAGAAAAGCUUUUUCUGCAGAAAAUCUCUGAAAUGACUGAGGAAGAAACUGAAAUUGUAAUAGUCCAGGCAAAAGGAAGAGGACGUGGGAGGAAGGAAGCAGUUACACCCAAGCCAGGAGCAUCUACGGUACAAAAUGUAACUCAAGCAUCAUCCCCAGCUCAGACGCAGGCCUCACAACAGAAUCUUCAGUCUGUGCAAACAACUCAUUCCUUUCCUUCUGUGACCCCUGACCUUAUUGUCCAGCCGCCAGUAAUGACAGUGGUGCCUCCUCAACCACCUGCACCUCCUCCCCCACCUUCUGUCCCCCCAACCCCUGCUCCCCAGCCCAUUCAGGCACACCCACCUGUUAUCCCAACAGCUGCACAGCCUGUGAAGACAAAAAAAGGAGUGAAGAGGAAAGCAGACACCACAACGCCAACAACAAUAGAUGCAAUUCACGAAUCCUCCUCGCUGCCCACUGAACCCAAGUCUGCCAAGAUGGGUCCACGAAGGGAAAGCAGCCGGCCAGUGAAACCUCCAAAGAAGGAUGUUCCGGACUCUCAGCAGCAUGUGGUAGAAAAGAGUAACAGUAACAAAGUGUCUGAGCAGUUAAAGUAUUGCAGUGGCAUCAUCAAAGAGAUGUUUGCCAAGAAGCAUGCUGCCUACGCAUGGCCCUUCUACAAACCUGUGGACGUGGAAGCACUGGGACUGCAUGAUUAUUGUGAUAUCAUUAAACAUCCCAUGGAUCUGAGCACAAUCAAAGCACAGCAGAGAGGCAAAGGAUUGAAUGAGCCAUGGAGACAGAACUAUCCUCACCUCUGGCUCCUUCAGACAAAAAUUGAGUCUAAACUGGAGAACCGGGAAUACAGAGAUGCUCAGGAAUUUGCAGCAGAUGUCCGAUUGAUGUUUUCCAAUUGUUACAAAUACAACCCUGCUGAUCAUGAGGUGGUAGCUAUGGCACGGAAACUGCAGGAUGUUUUUGAGAUGCGCUUUGCUAAAAUGCCAGAUGAACCUGAAGAACCCAUGAUUCCAGCCUCCUCUCCCGUAGUGGUGCCACCCCCAACCAAGGUGGCCCCCCCUUCAUCCAGCGAUAGUAGCAGUGAUAGCUCCUCUGAUAGCGAUAGUUCAUCAGAUGAUUCUGAGGAAGAACGAGCUCAGCGACUAGCAGAACUCCAGGAACAGCUUAAAGCAGUGCAUGAACAGCUCGCUGCCCUGUCCCAGCCACAGCAGAGCAAACCAAAGAAAAAGGAGAAAGACAAGAAAGAAAAGAAAAAAGAGAAGCACAAAAAGAAGGAAGAAGUAGAGGAGAAUAAGAAAAGUAAAACCAAGGAACCACCACUCAAGAAGGCCAAGAAAAAUAAUAGCAACAGCAGUAACUCAAGUAGUAAGAAGGAGCCUGUGAUGGUGAAGAACAGCAAACCGCCUCCUGUCUACGAAUCUGAGGAGGAGGACAAGUGUAAGCCAAUGUCCUAUGAGGAGAAGAGGCAGCUGAGCCUGGACAUUAAUAAACUCCCUGGGGAGAAACUGGGCCGAGUUGUCCAUAUCAUCCAGUCAAGAGAACCCUCGCUUAAAAACUCCAAUCCUGAUGAGAUUGAAAUUGACUUUGAGACAUUAAAGCCAUCCACGUUGCGGGAGUUGGAGAGAUAUGUAACAUCAUGUUUACGGAAGAAGAGGAAACCCCAAGCAGAGAAAGUGGAUGUAAUUGCUGGUUCCUCUAAAAUGAAGGGGUUCUCCUCCUCAGAGUCUGAGAGCACCAGUGAAUCCAGCUCCUCCGACAGUGAAGAUUCAGAAACAGAAAUGGCACCAAAAUUGAAGAAGAAAGGGCACUCUGGGCGAGAGCAAAAAAAGCAUCACCACCACCACCAUCAGCAGGUGCAGCAGCAGCAGCAGAUGCAACCACUGCCUCCACAGCCUGUCCCUCAACAAGCACCGCCUCCGAUGAAGUCCUCUCCCCCUCCUUUCGUACCUGCACAGGUCCCCAUCAUGGAGCAUCCGCUCCCAGGGAACAUGUUCGACACUAUCACACAUUUCACCCAGCCCAUCAUGCAUCUUCCUCAGCCAGAGAUGCCACCCCAUCUUCCCCAGCAACCUGAGCAUAGCACUCCUCCUCACUUGAACCAACAUGCAGUAGUCCCUCCUCCAGCUUUGCACAACGCUCUGCCUCAGCAGCCAUCGAGACCCAGUAAUCGAGCCGCAGCACUACCCCCUAAACCUUCGCGUCCUCCAGCAGCAUCACCAGCCAUAAGCCAGCAGCCCAUGCUCCCCCAGCCGCCUUUGCCUCAGCCUCCCCAGGUCCUCCUGGAGGAUGAGGAGCCUUCCACGCCUCAUCACAGCCUGCCUCUGAGCACCAGCCAGAUGCAGCUCUACCUUCAACAGCUGCAGAAAGUGCAGCCGCAGACUCCUCUCCUCCCUUCAGUGAAGGUCCAGUCGCAGCCUCAACCACCCCUUCAGCCUCCUGCUCAUCCCUCAGUACAACAGCUGCAGCAGCAGCAGCAGAGGCCGAUGCACAUGCAGCCCAUGCAAUUCCCUCCUCAUAUCUCUCAGCCUCAGCCACCUCCACAGCAGCAUCCACCCCCGCAGCCAGCUAAACCUCAGCAAGUCAUCCAGCACCACCCAUCACCACGGCACCAUAAGCCCGACCCCUACUCAACUGGUCACUUGAGGGAAGCGCCUUCCCCUCUCAUGAUGCAUUCCCCACAGAUGCCCCAGUUCCAGAGUCUGGGCCACCAGUCACCACCUCAGCAAAAUAUCCAGCCUAAAAAACAGGAGCUGAGAUCACCCUCUGUCGUGCAAUCCCAGCCCAUGGCGGCAAAGGAAGAGAAGAUGCAUUCACCAGUCAUCCGAAACGAAACAUUCAGCCCCACGUUGCGACAGGAACCUCCCAAGCACCCAGAGAGCAUCAAACCCCCUGCACAUAUCCAGCAAAGAACAGAAAUGAAACCAAUGGAGGGUGGGCGGCCUGUAAUCAGACCCCCUGAACAGAAUGUGCCACCACCUGGAGUACAGGACAAAGACAGACAAAAACAGGAACUGAAAAUACCCGUCGCCCCUAAAAAGGAUCUGAAAAUAAAGAACAUGGGCUCGUGGGCAAGCUUGGUCCAGAAACCCCUCACGACUCCAUCCUCCACAGCAAAGUCCUCCAGCGACAGCUUUGAGCAUUUCAAGAGGGCAGCGCGGGAGAAGGAGGAGCGGGAGAAGGCACUCAAAGCUCAGGCAGAACAGGUGGAAAAGGAGAAGGAGCGGCUGAGACGGGAGCAGGAGAGGAUGAGGAGUCGUGAUGACGAGGAUGCCCUGGAGCAAGCUCGUAGAGUUCAGGAAGAAGUCCGAAGACGCCAGGAGCAGCAGCAGCACCAGCAGCAGCAGCAGCAGGUGUCAGCUGCAGCCUCUGCACCCCAAGCACCGAGCUCUCAGCCACAGUCCUCUCAGUCUAUGCUGGAUCAGCAGAGAGAGAUGGCCAGAAAACGGGAGCAGGAGCGAAGGCGCAGAGAGGCGAUGGCAGCUACUAUCGACAUGAAUUUCCAGAGUGAUUUGUUGGCAAUAUUCGAAGAGAAUCUUUUCUAAUAGCACCUGGUUUUCUUCUCCUGACUCUUUAAUUUCCCGGCGAAUCUUUGACUCUCCAUAGUGUUAACGGCGGCUGGGAGGGGGAGCGUUCCUGCAGCCCUUCUGCAUGUAUGACCAUUGCAGAUCUUUCAGUCAAGGCCUCAGAAGGAUCAGCAGAGUCUGCCUUACAGUUUGACUUUUGCCCCCCCCCACACACACUGAAGAAAGACCGAUCAAGACAAGCCAACUACGUACUAGGUUUGAUUGGACAUGCAGCUGCUGGGAAGGGUGCCCUGAUCACUCGACAUUCUCUAUGCCAAACGUAUUCACAGUAUAUCCAGGACUUCAUGUUCUUCACACCUUUUCUAUCCAUAAAGGUUCUAAGUUACAGAAUGUCUAUGAAUAAACAGUGCUGUGUCAUGACAGCAAGAGAUGCUCUUCACUGAGAGGCUGCCUAUGGGAGUAUCCUGGCAGGAAUGGGAGACCUGGGGUCCAGCUGGGAAAAUACACAAGCUGUGUCUGGUCCUUUCAUCACUGGCUUUGCCUUUAACUUAACUUCCCACAAGCCUUUAGCUGGGAGCCAUUCUCUGUAAGUGUUCGCUUGUGCAAAAGGGAAUAGUACAGUGGAGGUGUCAAGUGUAACUGGCCAUUUGAGUGAGGUUUUUGUUUUAGCAUUGUGUGAAGGUCCGGGAAUUGGAGCUAGACUACCAACCAAAGUCAGUUUCUUUCAGUCUGUUUUUUUCCUCCAGGCAGUUUGUCACUGCUCAACUCUUGACUGGGUAUUAAUUGUCUCUUUGUUAUAGAGUGGAGUGGGGAAACCAGUAACACCAGGGGAAGCUACCACCCUGUCACUAGUGUUUGACCGUGGCUGUAUUGUAUAGUGACUAUAGUUGGCAUAUAUUUGUUUGAGGGUUUUGGUGAGCCACCAAACUCGGUGUAAAAACACUGCUUAUAUUUUGCUCAGUUUCAAACUUUUAGUCUAUAUUUUUAACUGUAAAACCAGAAAGCUGCAUUUUGGUUUUUUUAAAAUGUCAUAAAAUAUGGUUAAAAAAAAAAGUUUUUAUACCUAAAAGGAGUGGCUGAGAGGAGGGCAAGUGGAGGCGGCAGUUUUGGAAAGGCUCCUUCCACCACCUAUCAAAUCUCACUCACUAGCAGCGGACGCUUUCCCAUGCACCUUCAGUGUGUAUUCUUUUAAUUUUAGUCUAUGAACUGUUAAAAUGUUAUGUGCCAUAAAUACCCACUAUACAGUACAAUACUGGUGUGUCAGUAUGGGGUGAGCGCUGGAGUAAUUGAUUGGUUUUACUUUAAUACGGUGAAUAUGCAUUUGGUCUGUACUGAUCAUGGAAUAAACUCAUCUCUUUUUUUUUAAAA